CAAUGAGUGAUCGAAAAACGGCCUUGGGAUGGACGUGUAACGACAUUCGUAGGAGCGUCGUCGUCGUCGUCAUCGUUUUGCCGUGAUCUACACAGGAGGAGGGGGUGGGGAGGGGGUGGGGGAGGUGGCGAUCAGGGUGCGAGCGAGGGCCCGGAGUCGUGUUUCCUCUUGGUUUGUCGUGGUCUCGAGCUUGCUCGGGUUUGGUAGCCUAUUUGUUGAGUGUUGUCCUUCGAAUUCGCCGCGUCCAACUCAGAGCAGAGCGAGUGGUGUGGCUGUGAGCGGAGUUCUGGAUGUGGAGGGCAGGACAGGACGCUGUUUUUUCAUCUUGCGCUUCGAGAAGGAGGAGAAGGCGGUGCGCCUUCCCGAAGCGCGACAGGGAGAGGAGAUGCUUUAGCCGCAGUAAUUUGCGCAUCGGUGGAGGUUUUGUUGGCGGUUAGUGUAGAUCGUCGGGUUUUUUUCGAACUAGAUAGUAUUGUGUGCGGCAGGUGUGAUUUCGGGGCGGAUUUUGGGAAAAGGAAGCUCGUGGCAGAGUCCUGAGGAGUGUCGCGUGGGGGAUUUACUGCUUAUUCUUUUUUUUCCUAUUUUUCUCUCUAUUUUUUGCCUUCUUGCCUCUGGAAGUUGAGAGAUUGCUUUGGUUGUUGUUCUUUUCACGGGUGAGAAGUUUCGUAGGUGGUAGCGUUGUUGAAGGCUUGGUUAGGGGUUGGUGUUGUGGACAGUGAGGUUUGAACCAGGUUUUCGGACUGGUGAGGAGAUAUCCUCAGGAUUGUGGUUAGAAUCGGUAGGCGGUUGAAAGUACGGUGGAAAUCACUUACAUUUCGCUUGAGCCAGCUUGAUAUUACCUCUGCAGCUUCGACUGGUGGAUCAUGUCGACGAUUUUGAUUUAGGUGCAUUGUAAUUUUAGAAAUUUUCUUGGGAGGUUUGGGGCAAUUUGGAUCUUCAACGAUGAUUCGAGUCUUUAUAGACAUGGAACAGCCACCCUCGGUUACUUGGUUUGAGAGUGAUGUUUCCGCCGACUCAGUGGCACUAGAAUUUGUUGGGAGCUUUCAAUCUGCUCUAGGAAUAGGCAUGUCAGUGGCAGCAGUGCCGCUGCGUCCUAACCGCAAGGAUUUGUUAUAGUUCGCACCCUUGAAGCACUCACUCCCUCCGGAGAUGAAUGGUGGCUCUUCAUGCGGAGGACAGAUAGAAUAUGGACAGUUUCAUUGUCGAUGCGGUUACUGCUGGGAGAGAGGUUUGAGGAAGUACACUACAGGAAAAUGCUGCAGCAUAGCUUUUUGUGUGCAUCACACGGAUUGGAAAGUAUUGCAUAAUUUUUUAACCCUUCCGUAAGGAGUUUUCCUGAUCAGAAACUGCUAGCAAAACAUGGAUCGGUAUAAAGUUCAGAGACAGUUGGGCGAUGGGACGUAUGGAAGCGUCUGGAAAGCAAUAAAUAAUGAUACCAAUGAGGUUGUGGCGAUAAAGAAGAUGAAGAGGAAGUUUUACUCUUGGGAUGAAUGCAUGAACCUUAGAGAGGUCAAGUCUCUGCGGAAGCUGAAUCAUCCCAACAUUGUGAAGUUGAAGGAGGUUAUAAGAGAGAAUGAUGAGUUAUUUUUUGUGUUCGAGUACAUGGAGUACAACCUGUACCAGCUGAUUAAGGAUAAGGAUAAACUUUUCUCUGAAGCAAGAGUGCGGAGUUGGACUUUUCAAAUUUUGCAAGCUUUAGAGUAUAUGCACAACAAUGGUUAUUUUCACAGGGAUCUGAAACCAGAGAAUUUACUGGUUACCCAGGACGUGGUCAAGGUUGCUGAUUUUGGGCUUGCGAGGGAAGUUCAGUCGUCUCCACCAUACACAGAUUAUGUCUCCACUCGCUGGUAUCGUGCGCCUGAAGUGCUUCUUCAGUCACCAACUUAUUCUCCUGCUAUAGAUAUGUGGGCAGUGGGGGCUAUAAUGGCUGAACUUUUCACUUUUCGCCCACUUUUUCCUGGAGCAAGUGAGGUCGAUGAAAUAUACAAAAUCUGUUCUGUGAUCGGGACUCCUACUCAUCAAACAUGGCCUGAUGGCAUGAAGCUGGCAACUUCUUUGAACUUUCAGUUCCCUCAGCUUCCAUCAACACACUUGUCUAAUUUGAUCCCGAACGCUAGUCCAGAAGCAAUCAAUCUGAUAUCCGCUAUGUGUGUCUGGGAUCCCCGGAAAAGGCCGACGGCAGCACAAGCAUUGCAACAUCCAUUUUUUCAGGUUUAUAAUCGUAUUCCACUACCUAUUUCAGGAUACGAGUUUGUGCAGCCGAAAGCAUUCGUACCUACAGUGCCGAAAGCCUAUCCCAUGGCUAACAAGGAAUAUGAAGUGCAGACAGGACAUAAGCGCGGUAAUACUAUCAGGACUAAGGAGAAUCGCAAUUCAGUGCCAAACCUCGUUUCUAAAGUGAAGCCAGCGGUCAACAGAUCUGUUAGUCCAGUGUUUCCACCGACGCAUUAUGCCCGUGGUCCUGUAAUCCCUGUUGUUAACCCUCCGACACCAACUCUUGCAACUCGGUGUCAUGCACACCCUGCUGUCUUAUCCACCAACCUCAGCUAUGGUAGACCUUACAUAGCUGCUGGGGAACCUUAUCAACAGGUUUUUCAUGCAAUACCUGCAGUAUCUGCAAAUCAUCGACGUGGUUACAACAUUAGAAGCUCUUACAACAUGACAGUCGCAUGACUGGUAGCGGUUGGAAUUGAUGCUUUCGUCACCAAUUCCAUAAGAGUGUCUUCACUCUACUACGGAUGGCUGAAUACGGUUUGGCUCAUUGUGGGGGAACGAAGAAGUGGUUACUGAGGGAGAGAAAUGGUGGCCAGUGGUCAUAUGAAUUGCAAGAAACGUGCGUUAUAUCGUAGAAUAAAGUUGGGUGUUCCUCACCCAGUGACUUGAUGAUUAUGUUAGUGUUUUCAAUUGCCUAGCUGGCUAUAUGCGUGUAGAGACCUAGUGCUUUGGGAACUAGAGAUGAUAGGAAUGAGCGUGAUGGCUAGAGCUACAGUUCUCCAAAGAUUCUGAUUGUCAUUUAGUGGACGAGGUUUUGACCUGGAUCUACUGGGCGGUCAGGAUUGAUUAGGACAUCAGUUUGAUGUUUUUAUUGAUUUGCAAAUUGUAGUGUGAUGUGUAUAGCCUGUCUUGUUCCAUCCUGUCAUGAUCUGUACUACGUUUUGGUGAACCGAAUAAUACAUGUAAGUCUAUAUUGUGUUGAACAUA